AUGGCGGCGCGGGAAUCCAUUCGAGUCGAAUAAGAGAAUCGAUUUGUAGGAGACACAAGCCAAACGCAACUCUCCCUCUCUCUCUCCGAACCGAUUUUUGCUCGCUGAUUUUCUCAAGCUCGAUCAUCCAUGGAUUGCGAGAAUCCUUUUCGCCGCAUAUUGAAGACGCUCGAGAGACCUGAUGGUGGCGAAUACGGCAAGUUCUUCAGCCUCCCUUCCCUCAACGAUCCCAGAAUCGAGAAACUCCCUUAUUCGAUUAGGAUUCUUCUCGAAUCCGCUAUACGAAACUGCGAUGAGUUCCAAGUUAGGAGCAAUGAUGUGGAGAAGAUUCUUGAUUGGGAGAAUUCAUCUCCCAAACAGGUUGAGAUUCCGUUCAAACCCGCAAGAGUUCUUCUCCAUGAUUACACUGGUGUUCCUGCUGUUGUUGAUCUUGCUUGCAUGAGAGACGCCAUGAACAAACUCGGGGGCGAUUCUAGCAAGAUUAAUCCUCUGGUACCUGUACACUUUGUUGUCGACCACUCGGUUCAGGUUAACGUCUCGGGAUCAGAGAAGGCAGUGCAGGCAAAUAUGGAGCUCGAGUUCCAGCGAAAUGGCGAAAGGUUUGGUUUCGUCAAGUGGGGUUCUAACGCAUUCGACAACAUGUUUGUCGUACCCCCUGGAUCCGGGAUUCUCCACCAGAUCAACCUCGAAUAUCUUGCCAAAGUCGUCGUCUUGAACACCACGGAUGGAGUUCUCUACCCGGACAGCGUUGUGGGAACGGAUUCUCACACCACUAUGAUCGACGGGUUGGGUGUCGCUGGCUGGGGAGUUGGCGGUAUAGAGGCUGAAGCCGCCAUGCUUGGACAGGUCAUGAGCAUGGUUCUACCUGGUGUCGUCGGUUUCGAACUAACAGGGAGAUUAAGAGAUGGAGUGACGGCUACCGAUUUGGUCCUGACAGUGACUCAGAUGUUAAGGAAACAUGGAGUGGUCGGAAAGUUUGUCGAGUUCUAUGGCGAAGGGAUGAGGGAACUGUCUCUAGCCGACCGUGCCACCAUCGCCAACAUGUGUCCUGAGUAUGGUGCAACCAUGGGGUUCUUUCCUGUGGACCAUGUCGCUUUGAAGUAUCUUAAGCUGACGGGAAGAAGUGACGACACUGUCUCAAUGAUAGAGCAUUAUCUCCGCGCUAAUAUGAUGUUUGUCGAUUACAAUGAGCCUCGGGACGAGAUCGUUUACUCCUGUUCACUGGAAUUGAAGCUCGAGGACGUCGAGCCCUGCAUUUCCGGGCCAAAGAGGCCGCACGAUCGUGUUCCUCUCAGGGAUAUGAAAGCCGACUGGGGCACUUGCCUGAACAAUAGGCUCGGAUUCAAGGGAUUCGCCAUACCGAAAGAAGCGCAGAACAAGGUCGUAAAUUUUGUCUUUCGGGGGACUAGAGCUCAGCUCAGACAUGGAGCUGUUGUUAUAGCAGCGAUCACUAGUUGCACCAAUACCUCGAACCCGAGUGUGGUUCUGGGUGCGGCCUUGGUUGCCAAGAAGGCUUACGAGCUGGGUCUGGAGGUCAAGCCAUGGAUCAAAACCAGUCUUGCUCCUGGUUCAGGCGUUGUGGCCAAGUAUCUGCAGAAGAGUGGGUUGGAGAAAUACUUGAAUCAGCUCGGCUUCCAUAUCGUUGCUUACGGUUGCACCACUUGCAUAGGGAAUUCCGGCGAUAUCGACGAGUCCGUGGCUUCGGCCAUAGCCGAGAACGACUUGGUUGCUGCCGCUGUAUUGUCCGGGAACAGGAACUUCGAGGGACGGGUUCACCCCUUAACAAGAGCCAACUAUCUCGCUUCCCCUCCUCUCGUUGUAGCCUAUGCCUUAGCUGGCACGGUUGAUAUCGAUUUCGAGAAAGAGCCAAUCGGAACGGGGAAAGACGGCAAGCAGGUUUUCUUCCGAGACAUCUGGCCGUCUAACAAAGAAGUGGCUGAGGCUGUGGAAGCGAGCGUUCUUCCCGAUAUGUUCAAAGCUACAUACGAAGGGAUCACCAAAGGGAACCCGAUGUGGAACCAGUUGUCUGUUCCGACGGGCGCUCUCUACGAUUGGGAUUCGAAAUCGACUUACAUUCACGAGCCACCUUAUUUCAAGGACAUGACGAUGUCUCCUCCCGGUCCUCGAAGCGUGAAAAACGCUUACUGUCUGCUCAAUCUCGGAGACAGCAUCACGACAGAUCACAUUUCACCGGCCGGUAGCAUUCACAAGGACAGUCCCGCAGCGAAGUUCUUGAUCGAACGAGGAGUCGGAAGAAGAGACUUCAACUCUUACGGAAGUCGUCGUGGAAACGACGAGGUUAUGGCGAGAGGUACAUUCGCAAACAUCCGCCUCGUCAACAAGCUCUUGCGAGGAGAAGUCGGGCCCGAAACCAUCCACAUCCCGACCGGACAGAAGCUCUCUGUCUUCGACGCCGCGACGAAAUACAAGAGUGAGGGACAAGACACAAUCAUCCUGGCGGGUUCCGAGUAUGGAAGCGGAAGCUCUCGGGACUGGGCGGCAAAGGGUCCGAAGCUUCUCGGGGUGAAAGCAGUGAUAGCGAAGAGCUUCGAGCGGAUUCACAGAAGCAAUCUCGUGGGAAUGGGGAUCGUUCCACUCUGUUUCAAGGUCGGGGAAGAUGCCGAGACGCUCGGAUUGACGGGUUUCGAGCAGUAUAACGUCGAGCUGCCUAACGAAAUCAACGAGAUCAAACCCGGGCAAGACGUUAAGGUUAUAACGGACGACGGAAAAUCUUUUGUCUGCACUCUGAGGUUCGAUACAGAGGUGGAGUUGGCUUACUUCAACCAUGGAGGUAUCUUGCAGUAUGUGAUCCGUAAUCUGAUUAACUCCAACUAAUCCACAAAAAUAGAUUAUUUACUUAUUUUUAUCUGUUAAUCUGAAUAAUAAUGCAGUUUAAUUUGUCUAUAAUACAUUGGAAUUACAUGUAAUGAAAAUGAAUAACUACUUUCCGGAAUUAUGUAAAUGUAUACUCUUCUUCGUUCUUCUGUACCGGUUAGAAAAUUA